AUGGCUUGGCGCUCGUGCAGGCUCAAGGAGCGCAUUGCUCGGUGCGUGAAUGUGGAUCAUCUUGAGCCAGAGGAAGAGCAGGGGAAAGGGAUCCUCAAGGCCAAGACCACCGUCCUCAGCAUGGGUCAGCCUGCGAAGGUAGGAUGUUGUGCCACCUUUCGUGCGGUCUUCAGCCUCUACCUUCCAUACUUUCUGGACCGCAAGACGCGGUGCCGCGCCUGGGUGCUGAUGCUUGUGGUCGCCGCCUGCUUGGUGGCAAGCACGGCCCUGAGCGUGCGCAUCACAGAGGUCAAUGGAGCCAUGGAGAACAUCAUCGUCGCAAAGGAGGUGGACGAGUUUUGGGCGAUUUUUUGGAACUUUAUCUUGCUGAAUUUUCUGAAGGUGCCCCUCAUCAUGGUAAAACUUGGUAGUCACAUUCUGCUGCGCAUGGACUGGCGCAGGUAUCUAACUCGCCGCAUGCUUCAGCUCUACGUGAGUGAGAGCAGUGGCUUCUACCGCUUGAGCAUGCAGUAUGGCAAUGUGGACAACCCUGACGAGCGCAUCGCGCAGAACAUCGGAACCUUCACCGAAGCCUCCUUGAACCUUACCGUCUCCCUUCUGGAUGAUCUUCUGACCAUAAUGGCGAACUGCACGAAACUCUUCGCAAUCUCGCCGAUGCUCUUCUACAUCCUGACUGCCAUGUCCGUGCUCUACACCGGCCUCAUGUUGGGGUUGUUUGCCGGGCCCCUCAUGCGCGUUCAGCGGCGCGUGCUGGCAGUCGAGGCGAGCCUUCGGUAUUGCCUGAUGCGCAUUCGGGAGAGCGCGGAGUCUAAAGUCCUGGACUAUGCGAUAUGGGCCGAGUACAAGAGGACCGGCAUCCAGAUCCUCUACGAGGCUGCCAGCAACUUGUUGGACAUGGGAACGGAGGUUAUCCCAAUGUGCGUGUUGUUUCCUUUGUGGUUUCAAGGCGAGCUGGACUUUGGGACCGUUGGCCAGGCAAACCAGUUCUUUCAAAACACCAUGGGCGGCAUGAUGGAUCUGGGCAGCCAGCUUGAGACCAUCUCCCAGCUCGGAGCCGACACCAUCCGCAUUAAGGAGCUUUGGGACGCUCUGCAAAAGAUCGAGGAGGAAAGCAAAGAUUCCGACUCAAAGAGUGAAGCCUCGACGCAGACGGACCCGGAUUCGGAGGACUACUCUGAGAUCGAGGGGCUGGACUCCUCCGAUGAGACAGAGCUGGACCUUCCGGAGGAGAAGCUGCACAUCGAGGACAUCGACCCUGUGACCUCAACUCUCCGGCUGCAGGUGUCGGAGGUCAGCGAUGCCCAAAACUCAAAAAUCGUCACGCUCUUCCCACCUUUGGGCAACGCUCCGUUGAUGGAAGGUUUGUCCUUCGACCUCUACGGGGGCCAAUCCCUCCUGAUCGAGGGAGCCAGUGGAUCGGGGAAAAGUUCGCUGCUGCGGGCCAUUGCAGGUCUCUGGAUAAGCGGCCGGGGCAAGAUACGGCGAACCAAGAUCGAGAGGUGCUUCUUCGUGCCGCAGACGCCCUACCUCUGUCUCGGCUCACUUCGAGACAACCUCCUCUAUCCGCGUCGAGAGGGUGUGGAGGAGCCAAGUACUACACUGAUCUUCGAGGUGUUGAGCAAGCUGAAGAUCGACCAUCUUCCGAAACGCCUUGGCAUGGACGAAGAAGUGGACUUGCAGAAGAUCCUCUCCGGGGGUGAGAGGCAGCGGCUGAAUCUGGCGAGGCUGUUGCUCCAACCCAAUGUGGAUCUGGCCAUCAUGGACGAAUCGACAGCUGCCUUGGACGAGGAGAACGAGCGCACGGCCUACGAACUCGUGCAGAAUCAUGUGGGUUGCUACAUCUCCGUGGGUCAUCGCCCCGGCCUCGUCGCCUGCCAUACGCAUCGGCUCCAGCUCGUGAAGACAAGCAGGGACGUCUGUCGCGGAGUGCUGUCGGAAGUGAGAGCUGAAGGGCUGCGACUGCUGGCUGCUGCGGCAUCCACAUGCCGUGGCCAAUGCGGAAGCGAGGCAGAUCGACAAGGUGCGCUGCAGCUCGUCAAAGCGAUGGAGGCCUUGAACCCCACGCCGGAGCCCACCAAAGGCCUCCUGGAAGGAAAAUGGAGGCUGAUUUUCGCUUCGGAGGACGUGACGAGGUCCUCGCCCUUCUUCUGGGGCUGGCGGAGGAUGCUCGAGGGAAUUCCGGAUCCUUCGCCUUUGAGCCGGGCCCUCUUCAACACUGAGGAGCUUUCUGAAUCGAUUUUCGCCUUCACGGAUGGCAUCCCGCUGAAGAACAUCGGGGAGGCCACGCAAACUCUCUACAACGGGCAGAUCGUCAACCGAGUGGCCGUGGAGAUUUGGGGCCUUGGCACGACCGUGAUGACGACCACUUGCAGGUACAUGCCUGCAGAGGAUCCUUCUGAGCUCCUGCUGACCGUUGAGACGACACAGGCUGUGGACAACACGCUACCCCUCGCCGACCAAGUCGUCUUCCCGUCCGAGACCUUCCUUGGCGACAAUGCCCGCCUCCGGGCACGAGUGACGUAUUUGGACGAGGAUCUGAGGAUAUUCCGGAAUGAGCUCGACGACCAAGUUUUUGUAUAUGUGCGUGCAUGA